CUGGAGCUGUCUACUUGUGCUGUGCCCCUGUCCAGCCGGCCAGUUUCUCUCUCUCUCUCUCCUUGUCUGUCUGUCUGUCUGCCUGUUUUUCUCUCUGCCGGACCAGGUCUCCUCCACCAUGCUGGUAAAAGCGUUCCUUCAGACCUCGCUGGUCCUAUGGCUGGCACAGCACACACUACAAGGAGGAGUGAAACCUCAAAGUGGCAGUAUGGGGAAAAUGCUACCCAGGGGGGCUGGUGCUCUUGGGAUACAGGGAGGCUACGGAGCCAAGCCCGCCAAAACCGGAGGAGCUGGGGGUGGUCGUUAUCCAGGGGGGGCUCAGCAGCUUGGAGGAGGGGGAUACAGAGGCCCAGGAGGGGCCGGGGGUAGGGGAGGAUAUGGUAACGGAGGCCAGGGAGGCUAUGGUGCUGGUCUGGGAGCAGGAAAUGGCCAAGGAAUGGGGACGGGAGCCGGACUGAGCUCACAGGGUGGGAAACCACGUGGAGGUGGAGGAUACGGUGGUAAUGGCUAUGGCACACAGCCAGGUUACGGGCCUGGAACUGGAGCCAGAGGCUAUCCACGACCAGUUGACAGUGCCCCUUUGCAAACAUUAGGUGCUGGAGCUGGGUAUCCCAAUGGACAGGGAUCUAAGGGACCAAAACCGGGAUAUGGUGCAGGAGCUGGAGUGCCCAAUGGACAGGGUGCUAAACCCAAUGGAUAUGGUGCAGGAGCUGGAGUGCCCAAUGGACAGGGUGCUAAGCCCAAUGGAUAUGGUCCAGGAGCUGGAGCUCCCAAAGGUCAGGGAGCCAAAGGCAAUGGAUAUGGUCCAGGUGCUGGAGUUCCCAGUGAUCAGGGAGCCAAAGGCAAUGGAUAUGGUCCAGGAGCUGGAGCUACCAACGGUGCUAAAAGCAAUGGAUAUGGUCCAGGAGCUGGAGUUCCCAGUGAUCAGGGAGCCAAAGGCAAUGGAUAUGGUCCAGGAGCUGGCAUUCCCAAUGGUCAGGGUGCUAAACCCAAUGGAUAUGGCCCAGGAGUUGGAGCACCCAACGGUGGUAAAAGAAAUGGAUAUGGUCCAGGAGCUGGAGUUCCCAAAGGUCAGGGUACUAAACCCAAUGGAUAUGGUCCAGGAGCUGGAGCACCUAACGGGGCUAAAAGCAAUGGAUAUGGUCCAGGAGCUGGAGUUCCCAAUGGUGGUAAAAUCAAUGGAUAUGGUCCAGGAGCUGGAGUUCCCAGUGAUCAGGGAGCCAAAGGCAAUGGAUAUGGUCCAGGAGCUGAAGUUCCCAAUGGUGGGGCUAAAAGCAAUGGAUAUGGUCCAGGAGUGGGAGAGCCCAAUGGACAGGGUGCUAAAGCAACCAAAACUGGCUACGGUGCUGGAGCUGGCAGCUAUCCUGGGGCAGGAAACAACGGCUAUGGAGCAGGUGCCAGUCUGGGACAGGGAGGAUACCCCCAGGGUGGAGCUGGUGGAUACCCCCAGGGUGGAGCAGGUGGAUACCCCCAGGGUGGAGCAGGUGGAUACCCCCAGGGUGGAGCAGGAGGAUACCCCCAGGGUGGAGCAGGAGGAUACCCCCAGGGUGGAGCAGGAGGAUACCCUCAGGGUGGAGCAGGAGGAUACCCCCAGGGUGGAGCAGGAGGAUACCCACUGGGUGGAGCAGGAAAACCAGGCAAAGCUGGUGGUGGUGCUAAUCUGGGACAGGGAGGAUAUCCCCAGGGUGGAGCAGGAGGAUACCCCCAGGGUGGAGCAGGCAAAUCAGCGGGUUAUGGUGAUCAAAUGGGAGGAGCAUACCCCGGGGCUGGAGCGGGUAACGGCAAUGGGAAUGGUGGAGGCCUACCUGGGGGGGCCAAUGCAGUGCCUGCAGGCUAUGGCAAUGGCUACGGUGCUGGUACUGGAGGCAAUGGUUAUGGAGCCGGGAUUGGGUACCCAACAGUGUUAGCGGAUGGUGCUGCUGGGCUGGGAGGCAAGGCAGGGAAGGGAGCAGGAGGUCUUGGCGCAGGAGGAUAUCCACAGGGACAGGAGAAAUAUGGGGGUGGAGUCAGUCAGCUUCCUUACAAUGGCGCCCCAGUCAAUACUGCUGGACUGGAUGCAGGUGAUGGAAGCUUCCCUUAUGGUGCUCAGCAACUGGGCCUUGGUGGUGGUGAUGGAGGCAAAUCCUCUGGCAAAUAUGGCAACGGUGGAUUGCCACAGGGUGCACAACAGGGUGCACAGCCUUAUGGACCUGCGACUGGUGGUGGGAAACCACCUUGCAAAAAUGGAAACGGAGGGGGCUAUGGAGCACAGCCAGCAGGCUAUGGUCAAGGACAGCUGGGUGCAGGUCAGAGUGGCCCCUACAGUAACGGAGCAGGAGGGAAGGAAAGCAAAUAUGGUGGUGGUGGACUGACUGGAUUCUUUGGAAAUGGAGGAUACAAAGGUUAAGUCAAUCAGCUGAGGCCUUCUUCAAGUGAAUAUUUGUUCCGUUCCAUCAUGUGUUCAUUGUGAUGUUUGUUGUUUGGUCUGUUGUUACAUUUCUGUAUUUGUCUGUUUUUUUGUUCAUGGUCCUUGUCUUUUGUAUUGUUGUGUGUCUGUCCCCUCUCUUCCUCUACUGUGUUUGGAGAUUGUGUUGCCAGUGUGUUUGUGUUCAUAUCCAUUUCACACUAAAGGUCAGAAAGCAACCGUAUAAUGUCUGUCAGUCUCCUCAUUCUUUUAACCUUGGCAACAGUAUGGUAAAUGUACUGUACAUGUGAUGUGGGGGUUGAGUUUUAAGACUGAAGCUCUAUGAGUUUAAAUCAACACCAAAUAAAAUUCAAAGACCUGUUCCCAAAACCUGA